GUUACCCCUUAACAUGGUAACCCUAAAGCCCUCUCAUAUUGAAACCAGGGCAACAUAUAUAAAUACAAAUCGCCACGCCGCUACGUUUUCUUCAGCUACAUAGCUCCAUCACUGCAGCAUUAGGGUUUAUCAUCUGCUUCAAUGGGGAAGGGAACAGGGAGCUUCGGUAAGAGGAGGAACAAGACCCACACUCUCUGUGUGAGGUGUGGCCGCCGCAGCUUCCACCUCCAGAAGAGUCGCUGCGCCGCUUGUGCUUUCCCCGCCGCACGCACGCGGAAAUAUAACUGGAGCGUCAAGGCAAUUCGCAGAAAGACCACCGGAACUGGCAGGAUGAGAUACUUGCGUAACGUGCCUCGCCGUUUCAAGAGUGGCUUCAGAGAAGGUACCGAAGCUGCACCAAGGAAGAAGGGAGCAGCUACCACUGCAUAGACCUUUCAAAGAUCGUUCUCGUUGGGUACGGAUUUACAGGAAUAGAUUGCUUUUUGUGCUUUUGGCAAGUAUUUUGGAACACUUAUUUUUAGAGUCUCAUUGCUUCUUUAUCCCCCAUUAAAUUUGUAGUUGCUUUAUAUUCAACAAGACCAUAAGACUUAUUGAUUGUUCACUUGGUUUUAUGACAUUUAUAGUUUAUGGUUUAAAACGGUUUUCAAUUGGUGAAUA